AUGCAGAAGUAUGGCAUCAAGAUGGAUUUGGUAGACAGAGUGUGGCAUGAACUGAAGCAGUCGGGAUAUAGCUGGAGCGCAGCACCGCCAAACUGCAGUCGCUCCCUGUCCAGUUUCCAGUUUCCAAAAGUCAAGAAAAAUGAACUUUCGCAAGAAAAGGCCACUAGCGUUCAUCAGAGGUCUGCAGUUCCCCCGCAAAAGCCUGCAGAUGAGCUUAUUUCACACAGAGAGAGUGCUGAAGCCCAAGACGAGAGCUUGGCUGCACAAUCGCCAGGGAGCAGAACAGCCUACGGUCUUGAGAGCUGGAAGUCUGUGUCCUGCACAGUGCAGCGACAGGCAAAUGUACUGAAGGAAGAGUGCAGCAGCAGCCGCAGGUACAACGCUCUUGAGGCGCUGAAGCGGGUGUUUGUGGACGCCUCAGUGCCCAGCAUUUUUUACAAAAGAGCGUUUGCUUUGCUGCUGGAUCCGAUGCUGCUGUGUCUUUCGGAGCCCGCCGAAAAGGCACGGCUCCUCUCAGCCAGUAUUCUCUUUAAGUUUUUCUGCGAAGCACCAGCAGUGGACGAAGCCCUGGGAGAGGUGCUGCGGGCGCUGACUGCCCGCUUUGGCUCCGAAGACAUUGAAAGAGUGGCUCACCUUCCCCCAGUGAUGCGCCCAGACCCUGAGUACAAGCCCCUGCAGCUGACGCCCAUAGAACAGAGCGACGAAAUGCGGCAGAGUCUGUUCAAGUUGCUUCAGCUGGCGCUGCACAGAAGUUCAGAUGAAGCCGUUUUGAGCCACCUAGACUUGGCCGUAGGCCUGCUGCGGGCCGGCGCAAUGGAUGUGUGCCCUGAG